UUUUAAUUGCUUUCUCCUUUCCCUUCCUUCGUUUCUUCAUAUACAAUAUUGGCUAGCCACCGUCCACCCGUUCACGAACGUAAAUCACAAACCACAAAACCUACAUCUCCAAAAAUGUUGUUCAGGGGAGUAUUAGCAUCGACUGCGCUUUUGGCCACAGGAAUACACGCGCAAAUCGAAGAGGAUGUCAUCGCUGGAUGGGCCCCGAUGAAACGAGAGUCCCCAGAAGGCAUGGUUACGGUCCACGCUGUGCAAGUUGGCAAUUCAGAAGGAAGCCAGAGGUUCUAUCCAGACUCUCUUACAGUUGAACCUGGCUCAAUGGUCCAGUUUCAGUUCCAUCCAGCGAACCACUCCGUCGCGCAGUCCACAUUUGAAGACCCCUGUUCGCCCAUGAGUGAUGGAACCGGGAUUCGAUCCGGAUUCCUAGCCGUAUCGCCUGAUUCUUCAGACAUGCCUGUGUUCACGGUUAUGAUCAACGACACCAAUCCCGUGUGGUUGUUCUGCGGUCAGAAUAAUCACUGCCAGAAUGGCAUGGUCAUGGUUAUCAAUCCUCCCGAUGCGCCAGAUAGGGGCAUCGAGGCAUUCCGAUCCCUCGCUACGAGUGGAGGAGGGGGAUCCGGGGGUGAUGGCGGCGGCAUUGGCGGGAUUGGUGGCAUCGGCAGCAUCGGCAACGGCCCAAUAGCCCUCCCGACCGGCGGCGCAUUCCCAACUCCUAACGGCGGCAGCGGUGGCGGAGUAGCACUCCCCUCUGGUGGAACUGUUCCAUCUACCGUUGCUGCAGGCACCGCGACACCGACUCAAGGCCGUGAUCCGUUUUCAGCUACACUCAACGCAGCAUCCAGGCCAGUUUCUCAUGUUGCUGGUCUCUCUGGACUGUUAAUUGCUUCCUUUGCCAUUUUUGGGUUGUAGAUAGAUAGAUGAAGGAUGUGUAUGAAAUUGAUUGACGUUUGUCGUUGAUGAAGAGGCGGUUUGAGGAGGUGUCGAGAGGGAAAGUUACUCUCUUUCCAAUUUGUUUUUAGGUUCGUCUUAGUCUUUCUGUCCUAAUCUUGCUUCCCUUAUAUUUUGAUCCAAGAUGUGUGUCUAUUUCUUUCCCGGCUAUGUCAUGAAUUUGGUUAUUGUAUAUAAUCCCUGCUGGCUGGCCUGCAAAUGGCUCUGAGCCGAAUG